CUGACGUAACCACUCCAAAGAAAUAUACCGAACACCUAAAUAAGCCACCUAUGCUCUCUGAACAGGAUCUCAGCCUUUUGGAGCUUCAUAGGAUAAACAAAGCAAUUGAGACAGUCAAGUGUGAGGUUGAGCAAGAGCAAAAGAAACUGUCCCACUACAAGACCCUACAUGAAAAAGGGGAUACAGAUCCAUACUCUGCCACAGCAACAUCAGUAGAAUUGAAGAAAGCACAUGACUGUGGCAACAAAAAUAAUGCAACAUGCCCCAGUCGCACACACAAAUUGGAGGGAGCUUCAGCCUACUUGGUCACCAGUAGUAAAUAUGUGGUGGAUAAAUCUAGACCAGCAACUGAUUUGGAAUAUGAUCCAUUGUCCAACUAUUCUGCGGAUCUGGGGAACAACAAUGCAAAGCAGUGUGAAGAUCCAAAGAGAGGGAUAAAGAGAACCAUGGAGGAUACGUAUGGACGAAAGUCAGAACCACCUAAUAAAGUAACAAGGGAUUGCAUGGCAUGGCAGGAUGACCUUGAGGUCGAGGGAUCUGAUGAGGAAUGUGACCUUGUCAUUGAUAUUCCACCUUUGGUAACUCAUUUCAAGAAACCCAGAGCCUCUAGGAGAUGGAAGAAUAAUGAAAACCAGCUUGAGGAAUCAGAUGUAGUUGCCAAAAAUCUUCUGCAAAAAACACCUGAUGCAACAUCAGCACUUGUGGAAAUGGAGACAACGGAUACAGUUGAUCCUGUCGAGUGCCUCCCAGUGAUCUCUGGGGAAGAGGGUGAGGGAGUGCUUGGAGAUCACAGUGCAAGUUCUGCUGUAGGCCUUAACCAGGGCAGUGAAUGUAAAGGAGAAUUGAGUGAAGUAAAGAAGGAAGGAGGUGUUACAUAUUUAACUGGAAGCAAAAAGGUUAUAUUUUUAGAGAGAUCCAAGAGUGAAAUGGAACAAGUCCCUGUUGCUGCCUCAAAACCAUUUGAACCUCUGCGAGUUCCUGUAAGAUGCCCUACAUUGGACCAUGCCAAGGUUGGCACGAAAUUGCUACAAGAACAAACUGAUCUAUCCAUGCUACCAAAGGAAAAGUUUAAAAAUAAAGCUGAUCCAGGAAUGGGAGAGCAAUUGAUUAAAAAGAAAGACCAGCAGAAAAUGGACAGACUCUGCACCAAAGAUAUGAACCAGUGUCUGCCUUCUCAACAAAAGUCCAAUGUACUUCCACAGGCAGCACCUUUUGUGGGGGUGACUGUGUCACCAGUGCAACCUAAAAACCAAGACCAGCAAAAAUCCACUUCAAAAAACAUGACCCAAUGUCUGCCUUCUCAACAAAAAACAACCACACUGGGUGUACCAAAACCAGAUCCCCUUCAAGGAGAAUUUGACUUUGCUGUGAAGACUGCAUCUCCUCUGCGACCUAAAAAUCAAGAUCAGCAUACAGCUGAGCAAAAGUCCAGUAAAAAACACGUGGCUCACAGUUCACCAUCUCCACAAGAGCCAACCGUUCCAGAUGUGCCAAAGACAGCAAUGGUUUGUGACGUUGCUGUAAAUCCAUCUUUGGGGCAAUCCCAGAAUCAAGAUCAGAUCGUUAUGGUGGAAUCUUCAUCUGAAUCGGAUAGUUCAGAUAUGGAAAUGUGUCUAUCUGACAAUGACCAAAUGGAAGAAUGUUACCGGAUUUUUAUGGAAGCCAAUGAGAUCAAACCAGAAGAAAAGGAAAGGAGCAGCAGACCAGUGCAGGAAUGUAUUGAAAUAGACAGACCAGACAUGGAGAAAAAACAAAGUCUCCUCCCAGGACAGAAGAAGAGAGUUGCACAUGUGUCUAAGCAUAAUGUAAGGUCAAGCAGACAGCAUGUCCUAGUGCCAUUCAGGGAGCCAACUUCACAGCUUGCAAAUCCCACUCGAAUCCAGCAGUUGCAGCAGCAGGCUUCUAUAUUAACUGCUGCUGUCAAAGGUGGCCAGGCUUUUGUUGCUGCCACUACUGUGCCGAAGAAAACCACUGUGAUAGCCCCUGCUGCUCCAGCAUUUCCCAGCACUGCGCAAACUGUACCAGUUGGUGGAAUGGCAGUUUCUUCACAGAGCUCGAAUGUACAGUUGAUUUUACCAGAGGGGACUAUAAUUGGGGCUGCAGCAAUAGCUCCAGCCACAUCUGCACAACAGCGGACAACUUAUACUCCUGCCAAGGCAAUAGCCAGUCGCAGAAAAACAAAUUUGGUUGUAGAACCCAGCUCAAAAGUUGCACAUGAUGUGAGGCAGCGUUACGUCAACAUGUUUGUUGAAGAAUUUUUGAAAACAUCCUUCACUGUACAGGAGGCAUUUGAAAAGGCGUUGGCUGAAGAAAAGGCCGUAUUUGAGCGCAGUACCAACAAGAUAAAGUACCUGAGUAUAGCUGUAAACUCUCUUAAGAGGCUGAAGAACCAGUGCAGCCCUUCUAACAGCACAGACUCCAGUUUGCAGAGUUCAAGAGGUCACACCUCUGGUGGUGGAACAUUGCAGGCUGAAAAGACGAACGAUUCAGCUGGGGCUGCAUUCUAUGAGCAGCUGAAGGAAUACAUUAUGACUGAUGAGAUGUUAAAAGUGAAUGGCUUCCCUCUUCAGCAUCCUGAUAAACCAGCAGCUGCUUUGUUCUUUGGUGAUGUCUCUAAGAAAAGCACCGCAGGCUCAUUGAAGAGGAUCUGUUGUCGAUGUGGAGCAACAUAUUCUGUGACGUCGUCGGGGAAACAUGUUCGGAAGGAGGAGUGCAACUACCACUCUGGGAAAGUGCUGAAGAAAAAAGUUCCUGGUGGCUUAGAUACUCGCUAUAGUUGUUGUGAAGGUGCAGUAGGAACACCUGGAUGUCAAGUUUUCCAGCUUCAUGUACAUGAUGGCUGUAAAGAGAACCUUGAAGGUUUUGUAAAGACAUUUUCAAAGUCCUUCCUCAGUAAUGGGAACGCUGGUGUGUUUGCUUUGGCCUGUCAGAUGUGCUAUACUACUCAAGGUCUGGAACUCGCAAGGGUUACUGUGGUAAACCCCAGUCUACAGGUUGUCUACGACACUUUUGUUAAACCAGACAAUGAAGUUAUUGAUUAUAACACCAGGUUCUCGGGAGUCACUGAAGAUGACCUGAAACGGACAAACCCCUCAAUCCGUGAUGUUCAGGCAGUGCUGCUUAACCUGUUCAGUGCUGAAACUAUUUUAAUCGGUCACUGCUUUGAAAAUGAUCUGUUUGCACUUAAGCUCUUUCACAACACUGUCAUUGACACGUCUAUUGUUUUUCCGCACCGUUUGGGUUUGCCAAACAAGCGAACACUUAGGAAGUUAAUGGCGGACUAUUUGAGGCGGAUUAUUCAAGAGAACGUGGGCGGUCAUGACUCCAGUGAAGAUGCUGCUGCUUGUAUGGAGCUAAUGCUGUGGAAAGUAAAGGAGGAUGCCAAAGUGAAAAGAUGGUGAUUUCUACCACCCUUGAGGGGUGGCAAAGAACACUACCAAGAUGUAUUAUGCAGUAAUUUCUGCUUCUGGAUGUUUUGUACUUGUAACUUAAAGUAUUUCUUCUCCCAUCAUCAUGUUCUGUUUUUGGUCAGUAUUGUUAAACAAACCAUUGUCAUUUUGUUAAUUGUUUGUGUUGUAUAAUGUAUUUCUUUACUGUUCAAUAUUGUACAUGGAUUAGUG